AUGACAGUCUUUGCAAACAAACAAACUUUCAACAGCCUAGGUCUCGAGCAGGUCCGACAGUCGCAUGCACAUGCCUCGCAAGACUGCUCCCUCUGCCUCCAACCCCUUGCUGUUCACCCAACCAAGGACGGGAUUCCCGACUCGAAGUGUCAUACCGCUGUUCGCAUCGCCGCCUGUGGUCACGUCAUCGGCGAAGAAUGCCUUGACGCCUGGCUUGACGUCGGUCAUACCUGCCCAAUAUGCAACCGCCUACUCUUCGAAGCCACUGGUGACCCUAUCACGCAAGGAGACAUUAACAACAUCCUCCAUACGCUGGGUCCGGAGUUUGGGGAGGAUGCGAUCAUGGUAGUUGUGGCACGACUCAUGGCCCGUCAGGAGCAGGAGCAUGCGCGACUGAGACAGGCGCAUGAGAUUGAGGUGGAGAGGAUAAAAUUCAAGGAGACGCAUGUAAAGAAUGAUGGGUUCGCGCUGUCUGACGAGGACUUCUUGGACAGCGGUGAUGAGGGGAAUUUCGAUGAGGCUGAUGACGAUGAGGCUGAUGACGAUGAGGCUGAUGACGAUGAGGACUACGAGGCAGAGGAGGAUGGCAAGGAUUCCAUCUAG